GCAGUUGAGCUUUGUGCUCUCGGAGCUCGAGCUGAUCGCGCGGGGCCAGCGGAAUGGCAUGCGCAGAUAGGCUUGUAUCCUGUUCUCGACUAUCAUUAGAGUUCGAUCCGCAUCGGGAAGAUGACAUGGAUUCUUCUCACUCACGAGCUGACGUAUAGGGGGGUUGGGAAUUCUUACUAUAUGCGAGGAUUGCUUGGAGGGGAAGAUUUGCUGCUCGGCACAGUCGAGAUCGAGUUCAGAGUGGAUGUGCUGGUUUCGUGCGACUUUUCCCAAGAGGUGUGCCGCUUGCCCAGAUCAGAAGGCCGGGCCAGGAUCUGCUGAUGGAAACAAAAAACAAUCCAAUUCUGUAGCGAACGUCGGGUGAAAAUAGCCCCAAUUCGAACGGAAGAAAUCUCGCGGCUUGUCUCGUCUCGGCGAUCAACUCUCGCUGCCCCGGGUCCGACGAAGACGGCUCGUUCGGACCCGAAAAGAAAUUGUGAUGGCUGCUCCUCCGCAAGUGUGCACAAUUCGGUUCAAGCAUCAGUGCUCGAGGUGCAGGUGUUUCCGAGUUUCAAGAUGAACGAAGCGAUCAUUGGCCGCUUCGCUCUCGCGAGAUUCACCCACUUCGGAAGCGGCCACUUGGCCCGCAGAAGCGGCAGCUUUGAAACCCCCUACAUUCGAGCUUCUUCCGAACUCCUCAGUCGGCGACGCAACGGCGACCUGGCCCUCGCGGUAAUGCAAGGGCAAUCAGCAGGAGCGCACGCGCGAAGCUCGAUCUCCUGCAGAAUUUAGACGCUCGCCGCUCGCCGCUCGACGCCCGACAGAUGAUCGAGGGAGGGGGACGUCCUCGUUGCUUGGGCACAACGCGGUCGCAAUUCCAUGACCGAGUUCUCUCGUAGUGAGGCCGAGGAGAUGGUCGAACUCGGCGGAGUCAAGUUUGGUUUGAGACUUUCGGCCCCGAACCGCAGAGUCGCAGACCGCAUUCUGUGUCCGGAGGCCGUUUCUCAACCGCUGGGCACAAGGCUCUAACUGCUUUCGGUGACAAGCGCACGGAAUGUGAGCCUUUCAACCGGAAAGGGCGACAGGCUACAGGUUUUCGGAAAUCCGAGUGCCAACUUACGAAACGGUAAAUGGCUGCUCGGUAAGGAUGUCGCGAAGGACAAUUCCGAGAGUGCUGUACUUUUGGUAACAGGUCCGUGCGAGGCGACGCUGGGAAAUAUAUAAGCAGCUUUCAUGAGCUCCUUGAAAUGGGAGCUCUCUUUGUCCAUCCAAUGGAAGGCGAUGCAGUGGCUUCGUGAGUUUGGAAGCUGCCAACUCACGGGUUUGGGACGGCGACUCGUUUGCAUGGACAAGCGAGACGCCAGGAAGACUCCUUCCGAAAGACAUUUCUUAAGAUCAUCACACUCGUCCGAGGGGGUUAAGACUAAGACGUCAGACGAUGACGAGGAGGCUGCUGCAGGGAGAGAAAAACGGCAGUUACUGGAGGACUGGAGUGAUACGGAGAGUGUGAAAUCAGAUCAUGGUCCUCGAAGAGGACGGAAGAGAGGGAAGAGUUCCGACUUACAAGAGCAGAGGAAGUCUAAAUCGCACGGCCGUGAGAGAGGCAAUGGGAGUGACACUCGAGCCAGAAAUUCAUCUCAUGAGCUUGAUGACUCCGAGGCCGAGUACUACACCUCGCAGGAAGUCUCAGAUUCAGACGACGGCGAGCUCUCGUCGUUGGAGGAUCUUGGUACAGGUAGACGUGUUAAAAGAAGAAGAGGUAAGCACAGAGCAGUACAACCAAGGGGUCGAUCCUUGAGUCCCGCAGGCGAGUACAGGGGGAGUUCUGGGCGUCUUCGGCUGCGUGAUGAGCGUGGACGAUUCAUAAGAGCAGGACAAAGUGCAGAGAGGCCGAGAGGCAUACAAUUGACCAGACCGCACAAGGUGAAGGUUGCACCCUCGAGUACAAAAAGACAAAAAAGGGUUGAGAAGAGGCCUUUGGAGUUUCCCCAGAAUGAUGCAGAUACAAUUGAAGCUAGUACAGGUGAACAUUACCGACGUAAAAGGAAAGUCCAAGGGGAUGCUGUUCCAAGUGAAGACGGGAAGGUAACAAGUUGGGAUUUUGAUUCCCGCUUGCGGCAGCUGCUGGGAAAAGUCCAAUCUACAAUGGCCCCUCGCCAAGAGCAGGAGCUUAUGAGCGAUCGACAGAUAAGUGACGAGCUAAAGCAGCCCAGAGGUUAUAUCUCAGAGGAGAUGAUUUCACCCGUAUCGUUACUACGGUCCGACCGUUUUAUCAAAUCGUUACAAACAGCGUUACCAGGUCCAGCAAAGGUUGUAGACGAGGAGAUACGUUCUACAUAUACCUCUUCUAUAAACACAGAGGCCAAACCCAGAGUACAAAAUCGAAGAGAUAAGGAAUUGUGGCAACAAGAACCGAGUAGUAGCAAGCUUCAUAGUCGAACGAGCAGUGCUCCACAAAAGGUCCGGCCAGAUUCUCGUGCAUCCAGUCGAGAUAAUUACGGUAGUCAAUUUCCGUUAACCAGUACCACGAUGCAAACAAGCCCAACUUACGUACACGUCCAACAAUCGGCUUUCGAAAGCUGUUCUCACGAGUACAGAGAUGAGGAAACUUCACCACCCAGCUAUAAUGCCGCCAUGAGCGAAACUGGCCAGCGGCCAGAUCGAAACCUUCGAGAGCAGAUGAGUCGAUCUCCAUUAGUUGACGCAAGAACCACAGAUGUGGACAGUCAACAAAUUUUUAUGAAAAGCCCAGGAACAAUGAGGACAGAAUCACCUAACUUAACAGAGAAGCAAUUUCAACCGUCUCCAGUCAGACAUAGACGUGUAUCCGGAUCAGACAGGGAAGCCGAAGAACAAAUAAGCCAGUUUCGACCCGAAGGAAGAGAGAUUUCAGGACAAUCUUUGAGUCAGAGUCCAAUAAGACCCAGUUCUGCACCAUCUGUCACUGACCAAUUUCAACCGUCACCAUUGAAGUCCAGGCCAAUGACAGCAGCAUCCAGAGUACCUUCACAGAUGGACAUGGAAUCCACAAGUUUCGAUGAAAAACUUCACGAGCAUAUUCGAGCUUUCCAGGCUCAGCAAGAGCUUUCUCCACCUGACAGUCGUAUCAGCAGUUCUCCGAUAGCGAACAACCCAGGAGCUCGGUCCGAGGACUGGUGGCGAGGGCAGCAUUUGCCGGAUCCAUCCUUGGUGACUCAUUCACAACUUUCAGUGGACCUUGAUGAUCUAUCGAUAAAGUCUAUAGAUCGUUUAAGCCAAGCUGUGGAACGCAUGGCUAGCACCAUGGAGCAUUCUGAAAAUCUCAUACUGUCCGGUGGUCAAGGGCGAGCAGCUGAAUCAGGGAGGGAGCGAGGGGAAAGAAGUAGAUCGGCAAGUCCAAUUGUCUUCACGAGACCUCUGCUCAGAUUUGACGUAGAGAAAUAGUACGCGUUUUCCCCAUGUAGCCUGAAGCUCCUUGUAGAUGAGAGAGUUGAAGUAGCCAUCCACUAAGCGUGGAAGUGUUCGAACUUUAAACCUGAGCUACGUGCUUUCCGGAGAUCUCUCUACCGACCUUGCUAUCAAACCAUCCAGCCGUCCUUCGAUUGUACCCAUGGGUUGCGAUAGCAUCAUUUGGGAUGGAGUCAGACCUCAGUGAAGCAGGAACAGUGACCUCGUCGUGAUUUGAGUUCAUUCGAUAUGAUUCGUAAACAUCAGUUCCAAGUGCUGAGUUUGUCACUGGCAGCGACCUUUGACGUGAACCUGCA